CCUCAACUUCCCCUCCUCCUUACCCAAAAAAUGGACGAUCAAGAACCACCAUUUUCUCCUGAUAUCCCACCUGAAACUGAAAACCCACUACCCAAGACCCAGGAAUUCAGCAAUGAAAAUAGUUUCCCUUUCGAUAAUGGCCAAAAACACAGCCAUGCAACUGGUACUAAAAUGGAAAACUUCAAAGCUUUUUUGUUGAGAUAUGUUGUAUCCUCUUCUCCAACCAAGUCUUUAUCCCCCCUGCAAAGGUCCAUGAUUGAACAGCGCCUUCAUGACUUCUUCCCUGAUUUUCACACUCCUGAUCAUCCCCCUUAUGCUGCUAUGAUUGAACAUGCAAUUGAAAAAUUGAAUGAGGAAGGUGGAUCUACUGAGGAGGCAAUAUCACUGUUUAUUAGGAAAGAGUAUCCUGAUUUGCCAAGGGCUCAUGAUAGUUUAUUCAAGUACCAUUUGAAAAACCUCUGUGAGGAUGGAGCUCUUGUAAAAGCUGGUAACAGGUUCUAUAUGACUGGAGAUGAACAUAGUCCUGACAGUCUCUAUAAUCUUAGUCAUAUAGUCACUCACAGUAAUAUUUACAGUCCAACCUCUCAUGAUGGUGUUGAGUCCAGUCCUAGUAGCCCCAGCUGGUGCUCAAGCACUUCCUGCAGCAGCUUUUCUAGCCCAAGGAGUAACCGUCCAUAUGCUCGAAGGCAGAAAAGAGGGGAAAAAAGGGGAAGACAGCGCAAGAGAACUACUCAACGAAAGAGAGUACAGAUUAAGCGUAAAGGAAAGAGAGUCGAGAGACGUGGUAGACCACGUAAGAAGAAUGUAGAAGAUCAAGUAUAUUCUGACAAGCUGAUGUUAGAAGAGGAAGUCAAAGAAUUAGAAGAGCAAAAUGUCAGAAAGAAAGAACAAAAUGAGGUGCUUGAGGGCUGUGAUCAAGUUAGAAGGAAAAGAAGAAAGAUAAAGGAGUGUGGUCAAAGACAAGAAACCAGGGCACUGAGAGACACUGACUUUGACCAAUUUGAAGUGGCAACUAAGGAGGAAUGGCGGAAAAAACAAUUACAAGAAAAAUCAGUUAGCAGGGACAACAGUCAAGCAGAGGAGCUUGAAAAACAAAGGGAGGACCAGGCUCAUUAUAUUGAAGGAAAAGAAGAAGAGGAUCAGCCACUGCAAAAUCACAGUGAAGUAAAUCUUGUAUGCAUGCUGCAGCAAGAAGCAGAGGUUGAAGUGGUGGGGCAAGAAGAUUACUUGAAGGAUGGACUUAGAGAAACAACUGCACAAUUGGAUAUUGCAAAAGAAGAGAAUCAGGUGAUUCAGGUGAUUGCAAGAGAGAGUUGUAUGGAAGAUACAGUGCUUGUAGUGACUGGAGAACCUAGUUUACUUGAAGAACAUGACAUUCAGACUGUGAGGGAGUCAACGGAGGAGCAAAGAAAAAGGGCUCAACCUUGUAAAAGAACUGUGAGAGGAAGAAAAGCUCAUAAGAAGAGUGUACCGAUACCUGGGAGGCGUAGGGGUAGGCCAAAGAAGGAUUUGUUGGUAGAAGCAAGCCAAACUAAUGCUGAAGAAAUGGAGGCUAAUGAAACUCAAGAAGUGAUGUUAGAAGAGAAAACUGAAGUGAUUAAGGAACAAAAUGAAGUAAAAGAAGGGGCUUUGGGGAUUGAAGGGACAAACCGAGUACAUGGACAUGGACAAGAAAGUUUUGGAUGCAGUCUAACAGAGGAAACCGUGACAGAAACUGAAAUUGGAAAACCUGGUGUUAUUGCAGAAGAAAUUGUAUCAGGAGAACAGCAUAAUAUGGUGAUCAAGCAAGAGUCACAAUUAAUUGGAGGCACUGAAAGAUGUGACAAACAACAGGAACAUGAAAACAUUGACCAGGAGUGUUAUCUAUCUGGAAAAGCCAAAAAUGAAGCUUUCGAAGAGCAAAAUAAGCCACAUAGGCAACAGAACCUAGAGCAGAAUCAGCUGGUAGAAAAGAAUAUUGAAUCUAGUACUGCACAGGAAGUUGAAAUGCAUGAUAUGCACAAUCAGAACCCAAAAAUUCAACAGAAAUUCCAUCUUGAGGGAGAACAUGAGGAUGCUGAAAAGUUAAUUACUAGUAAAGCAACUACUUUGCCAACAGAAACAUCCAGUCCAGUUUGUGAAGAGGAGGUGGAAGUUUCAAAUAUGGACAUGGACUGGCAGAAUGAGAUUCCUGGAGAAGAGGAAGAUACCAAAAUCUAUGGCAAACAUGCAUGUGCGCAGCCUGACUUCCCUACUUCAGAGUUGUCCUCGAAAUUGAAAUCAGUUGAAAUAUCAUCUCUAUCACAAUUACUUCAGCUUCCAGGUCCAAUGUCUGAAGAAGAAAAGGAGGGGCCAUCAAUGAAAAACAAGGAGCCACAAGUGGGGAGUCCUGUACAAGCAGGAGAUGUUGAGAUCACUGACAAGCCAGAGUUGUUUAGCUCAGAGUCGUCCUUAAAGCUGAAAUCAGAAGAAGCGUCAAUUCAACCAGGAUCUCUGGAGCAACCUCAACAGGGACAGGAGAAGCCACAGCGAUUAUGGCGGUGGCUUUUAAAUUUUUUAUGAAUGGCGUGCUUUAGUUUCUGCAACAGUUGAUUGAAAAUUCACCUUGACCUUCAAAGGGAAUCCAGCAACUUACAGGUUUUGUGGUGUAUAUGUUGGUUUGUAGCUUAAUGUAGCAAGUCAUGCAAGACCAAAAUCUGAUGAUCGGACGAUCUAAUUUUGCACAGUAUAUCCUAGAGUAGCAUUGCAUGCAUAAGGCAUCUUUAGUUUAACUUAUCAGAUGUAAACUUGUUGUAUUGGAUCUUUACAUAUCUUUUUGUCCUGUUUAUGACAUAAAAGUUGCUAGAGAUAUUACCUAACAUCGUUGCUGUUUACAACCGCUUGGAACUAAUGUGAACUGUAAUUUA